CUCUGCGCACUAAACUCAAUUUCAGGAAGUAACCAAUGAAAGAAAGAGGAGCUGAUCAAGCGAUAGGAGGACUAUAAUUGUUUCUACUUUGAGAAGAUAUUAUAAAACGCUAUUAAAAUGUCGGAUUUUGAAGAUAACCCAUUUGCAGAAUCGUACGACAUCAACCCUUUUCAGGAUCCCUCGGUUACACAAGUGACCAACUCUGACGUAGACCACAUUGAUCAAUUUAACCCUUUCCCAGACCAUCAGACAGUUAGCCUAUCAGGGCCCACCAUUCCGGCCUCCAGGAUCCCUUCCCAGCCUGCCGUGCUGCAGCCAUCAACAGAGCCCGGCCCACAGGUCACGGAGGCUGCGGGCCAGGCUAGCCUGCUGAGGCAGCAGGAGGAGCUGGAGCAGAAGGCUGCAGAUCUGGAGCACAGAGAGAAGGAGUUGCAGAACAGGGGAACCUCAACAGGCAAGGACAACAACUGGCCACCUCUUCCCAAGGCUUUUCCCAUAAAUCCUUGCUUCUACCAGGACUUCUCGGUGGAGAUUCCCAUGGAGCACCGGAGGGUCUGCCAGAUGUUGUACUAUCUGUGGAUGCAACAGCGCUGUGUACUACUCCCUUCACAGAACAACGCUGUGUACUACUCCCUUCACAGAACAACGCUGUAUACUACUCCCUUCACAGAACAGCGCAAACUGUCUUGGGGUCCACUGUGUGACUCUGUUCCUCAACCUGCUGGCCUGUCUGCUCCACUUCACCGUGAACACGUACUUUGGCAUGAACUUUGGCCUGUCCAUUCUUUGGCUCAUCCUGUUUGCCCCGUGCUCCUUCCUCUGUUGGUACAGACCUGUCUACAAGGCCUUCAAGUCGGACAGCUCCUUCAGUUACUUCUUCUUCUUCUUUGUGUUCUUCUGCCAAGUGGUGGUGUUCAUUAUCCAGUCUGUGGGCAUCCCCAACUGGGGAAACAGUGGUUGGAUCACCUCGUUGUCUGCCAUCGGCUCCAACAAGGCGGUGGGAGCCAUCAUGAUGGUGGUGGCCUACUUCUUCACUGCCUGUGCUGUGCUGUCAGUCAUCCUGCUGGGGAUGGUGCACAGCCAGUACAGGCGUACCGGGGCCAGCUUCCAGAAGGCCCAGCAGGAGUUCUCCCAGGGCGUGCUCACCAACAAGACCUUCCAGACGGCUGCCACCUCCGCAGCCGCCUCCGCUGCCUUCCAGGGGAACAACUAGACCCAGGCCGGGCUAACUCAACCCCCAGAUACCCCCUUCACCUCCUCCAUCCAAUGUCCACCACCACAACACUUGUUUGGGAUGGAUCCCCUCCCCUGCUGUCACCAUCCAGUGCAGGUCCCACCAUGGAGCUCAUUUCAUAUAUGAGCUGUGGUCAUCAGACAGCAACAAAAUGGUUGCUUGAGUAGGAAACUGUACCCACUGUGUUUUUUGGGAAUUGGAAGCCUGAUGUUGUGAUGUUCUUCAGUAUGUGUUCAUGUACAUAUUUUUUUGCGAUGCUCGUAUGUGUGGAUAUUCUCUUUUAGCGGUUCUUUCUCUCUCUGUGUGUGUGUGUGUGUGUGUGUGUGUGUGUGUGUGUGGGGGGGUGUCUUACAUGCCUGGCUGUUGUAAAGGAACCACCCGUUGAGACUCUGUUGUAAAGUUGAGACUCUGUUGUAAAGGAACCACCCGUUGAGACUCUGUUGUAAAGGAACCACCCGUUGAGACUCUGUUGUAAAGGAACCACCCGUUGAGACUCUGUUGUAAAGGAACCACCCGUUGAGACUCUGUUGUAAAGGAACCACCCGUUGAGACUCUGUUGUAAAGGAACCACCCGUUGAGACUCUGUUGUAAAGGAACCACCCGUUGAGACUCUGUUGUAAAGGAACCACCCGUUGAGUCUCUGUUGUAAAGGAACCACCCGUUGAGACUCUGUAAAGGAACCACCCGUUGAGUCUCUGUUGUAAAGGAACCACCCGUUAAGACUCUGUAAAGGAACCACCCGUUGAGACUCUGUAAAGGAACCACCCGUUGAGUCUCUGUUGUAAAGGAACCACCCGUUGAGACUCUGUAAAGGAACCACCCGUUGAGUCUCUGUUGUAAAGGAACCACCCGUUGAGACUCUGUAAAGGAACCACCCGUUGAGACUCUGUAAAGGAACCACCCGUUGAGUCUCUGUUGUAAAGGAACCACCCGUUGAGACUCUGUUGUAAAGGAACCACCCGUUGAGACUCUGUUGUAAAGGAACCACCCGUUGAGACUGUUGUAAAGGAACCACCCGUUGAGACUCUGUUGUAAAGGAACCACCCGUUGAGACUCUGUUGUAAAGGAACCACCCGUUGAGACUCUGUUGUAAAGGAACCACCCGUUGAGACUCUGUUGUAAAGGAACCACCCGUUGAGACUCUGUAAAGGAACCACCCGUUGAGUCUCUGUUGUAAAGGAACCACCCGUUAAGACUCUGUAAAGGAACCACCCGUUGAGACUCUGUAAAGGAACCACCCGUUGAGUCUCUGUUGUAAAGGAACCACCCGUUGAGACUCUGUUGUAAAGGAACCACCCGUUGAGACUCUGUAAAGGAACCACCCGUUGAGACUCUGUAAAGGAACCACCCGUUGAGUCUCUGUUGUAAAGGAACCACCCGUUAAGACUCUGUAAAGGAACCACCCGUUGAGACUCUGUAAAGGAACCACCCGUUGAGUCUCUGUUGUAAAGGAACCACCCGUUGAGACUCUGUUGUAAAGGAACCACCCGUUGAGACUCUGUUGUAAAGGAACCACCCGUUGAGACUGUUGUAAAGGAACCACCCGUUGAGACUCUGUUGUAAAGGAACCACCCGUUUAGUCUCUCAAAAAUGGUGUCUUUUCAGCAUCCUUUAAUUUCAAUGUACAAAUGAAGACCACGAGUGUUGCUUUUAGCAGGGUGAAACCUGAAUGAAAAAUAUAAUGAAGUUUAAAGUGUGUACUCUGUCUCAUAAGACUAUGAUAAUCACCUAGGUUAUUAGUUACCAGUUAUUAGUUACAGUUAGCUACUGUAAUUAUUAGAUGCAUAUUUUCCAUUAUACUUCACCUCAAACUAACGCACCUUCAGAUCCACACCAUUUCAUUAGCCUUUUCAGAUUUCGUCAAAAUGAGGUACUUUGUUUCCAAUCUCUUCAUGUUGUACAUAGUCCUGCUGUAUGUGUAGAGUAUUGGCUUUGGCAAUGAGAGACAGGUGUUGUGUAAGAAUGGCUUGAAUAUUUAACAGCAGGUUGGUUUGUCAGUAUAGGCUGUCCCAUUCAACUUAAAGGGACAGUUCACCCCAUUGUCAUUAUAGGCUGUCCUAUUCAACUUAAAGAGACAGUUCACCCCGGAACCAAAGUUUGUCAUUUUCAUACCCCUGUCUGGUAAACUUGGCUUUUGGAAUGGACUAUACCUUUUGACCAAAACCUUGACGUGUGCCUCUCCAGUUUGUCGCUGUAGCCAUUGGUUCAUACGGUAACCAACCCUUUUGCUUCUUUUUAUUGUGGGAGAAAUUCCGUUAUUAAAGAACUAUUUCUUCACAUUGUCCUUUCCAGCACGGUUCAGGCAACUAUGCUGGAUGAAUAACCAGGCCAGUACACUUCUGUUCAGCUCAGCUCAGUAGUGUGAAGAUGGUAUCAUUUAGAUUGACACACUCACUUACAAAUGAUUUGCUAUGUUAUAUUUUAUGGAUUUGCCACUAACAGAUUCAACAUGUGAACAAUGCAAAAUAGCUUUUUGCUCUGCUUUUGCUCUGCUUUUUGGUAACUCAGGUCGGGAAGCGCUUGUCACUCAAAAUUAGAGCUGGACAAAGUAGAGCUGAGUGGUCAAACAAUAAGAUAAAUGCUCUUAUUUGAGAUUUCUUUCUUACUGAGAUCAAGUACUUAAAUGAUUUGUGAAUGGAUUGAUGUAAAUGAUCUAUUUUAUCAUUUUGAUUUGCCACAUUCACUGGAGCGUGUAUGUAUACAUUUGUAUAAGUGUCGGUUUAAAUGUAAGAAUUGUCCGAAAUCAACAAAGCAAAUCGAUCAUGAAGAAUGUAAUAUUUGAUCUAUUGGUUUACUACAUUUUUAAACAUUUUUUAUGUAUCUCAAAUCAGUGUUACUUAUCAUAAAAAUAAUAUUGAUAUUGAAAUAGAUUUUGUUUUCUUAAUUCAUAUCUGUGAAUAUAACUGUUGACCUGCAUUGUAUUAGGAGUGGAGAAUUUUAUAUUGCCUUUUUGACAUUCAAAUUAUAAAAACUUUUAGCAUUUUUCUAAUAAAAAAAUGUUUGCUUUAA